CUGUCACGAAAAUGUACUUUAUAAAGGUGUUGGAUAGUGUUCGCUACCAGUCCCCAUUGAGCCAGUGAUAGAGCCUUUAGUCCGGAAGACGUUCAAAUCCCACUCGAAAAAACUAAACUUUAUUCCUGUACCUGCUAUGAUGGAAUAAUAUUAACUUAGAUUUUAGUAUUUUACAUUACUGAGAAUAGUUUUUGACAGGAGAAAUGGCCUUCCAUACGCAAAAUGCGUGCUGAGAAUCCUGCUAAAAAUUCUCUCUUCAACUUUUUUUUUCCAUGACAAGAUAUUACUCUUAUCAUGUAAGCAGCAGCUCUGAUUAAUAUUAAUACAAUCAAAUACUCAGCAGAUGUCAGACUGUAAUUAUAAAUUCGUUCGUGAGCCUUGUCUAUGUUUACUUGACGAAAUACAACGUUCAAGGCGAGACCUAUUUACAUGGCUUCUUUAAAAGAUGUUGUGUUUAAACUACGAGACAUUGAACCCGCAAUGGAAGUCGCGUGGAAUGAGGCUUUUCAUUUCAUACGAACUGAUUGUAACAUCGAGAUUUCUUGUGGAGAUGUUUUCAAUGAUGCACCUGCAGCUGACGCAAUAGUCUCGCCAACGAAUAGUUUUGGUUUUAUGGAUGGCGGAAUAGAUUUGAGGUAUUCGGAGCAUUUUGGUUGGCAAUUACAGGAACGUCUACAGAAUUAUCUGAGGAAAGAAUAUUUUGGAGAGCUUCCAGUGGGCGAAGCAGUCAUCAUUGAGACGUUUGAGGAUGAUGUACCUGAGAUUGAGCGAGACUGGAUGAAGAAUCGCGAGACGAAUGAAGGAAAACCGAUACAUUUUCUCAUCAGCGCACCAACCAACAGAGUUCCUAGCGACAUACACGAUACAGUGAAUGCAUAUUUGGCCUUUAGAGCUGUCUUACUUGCAGUUCAUCGUCACAAUAAGAACAUAAACAAGCGAAAAAUCAAAAGUGUGCUCUGUCCUGGUCUAGGAACCUCGGGCGGUCAAAUGUCUUUUGAAAGAUGUGCAAGACAGAUGAAGAUAGCGUACGAAGUGUGUGUUCUCAAGGACUGUAAGGCAAUUUUAAACCCUGAAUCAUUACUGGAGGUUCACAAGCAUCACUUGUACAUGGGAGGAAUAGAUAGAUUUGCUGCAAACUGUAGCGGCGGCGCUUCGGCAAAAUAACGGUUGAAAGAAGUUGUGGUAAAGGUGCAGGCACAUUAAUUUAUGAAAUAGAAUUACGAUUUCCUGAAAUAUAACCUUUAGCAAUAAUCUCUUGAGUUAUAUUUCUAGAAAAACUACGAGCCAGCAUUGGCG